AUGGCGCAUAAUACCGACGAUAAUAAAGAUAACAUAACCUCUAACACUUCCUCAGCGUUUCAUCAUCCGUCCUCUACCUCUAUAAGGCCCAAUCCUCAAAACAAUGCAUUUUCAGCUAAAGUAAGAGAUCUUGAAGAUAGAUAAUGUUGUUAUGAAUUUAGAGGAAGAAUGUUUUAACAACAUUGUUUUAGAUUGCCGAACUAUUUCUAACUGCUGGCCAUGCUUUUCAAAAGCUAGGAGAUCUGACGGUGAAACUUAACGCAGUUAACGUGGACCACGAAGAAAAGUGAGUGAAGACACCUUACUGUUAUUAAACUUAAAAUAUUUUAGCAAACCGUCUAGACUUUUUCCGUUUUGUUUUGAUCUAUUACAGUGUUUAAUUUCAGUCGAUGGACGGAAAAAGACAUUGAAAACCUCAGGGACGCUAUAACAAGGUUUGCCAAUGAGUUGGACAAUGUUUCCGGAUCGCUUUCGACGAGAUCUAAGUAAGUUUAGCCUUUAUUUUAUUAUUAUUGGUUUUUAGGAAAAUGAUUCGAACUGAUAUAAAACGACGAACGUUACAAAUGGGUAUAGAGCCAGGUGGUACCACAUUAACUGGUGGAAGGACGGUGCUGAAGCCGGUUUCUCAAACAGAUCCCUAUCUUCAGCAGUCUGUUUUGUCUUUAAAUCCCACUACCUCGAAAAGCUCGUUAGCGACAACUUCAGUGCCUUCUUCGCUCAGCCAUAUUGAUCAGAAGCCUUCUACAAGUGGGACGCAGAAUCAGAAUUCUCAUGACAAUAGUGUGACAUCAAAUGGAUCACACAUUUCAUUGGGAUCUUCUUUGCCUACGUCAAGCCAUAGUAAGUUAAGCUUUUAUUUAUUCUUUUCUAUCACUUCUUAAAAUGAUGUAUUUUUUGAGUAUAUUGUAGUAUUUUUUGUAUAUUGUUCUUGUUUAUAGAAAUUAAAGCUUAAAGACGAUAUUGUAGCAAGUUAUUAAGUUCAUAGUAGUUUCAAUGUUCGUUUUUAGCUGUUUCAACGUCUCUAACGUCAACCUCAGUACAAUCGAAGAACCCAGUUUUGAAAAAAGUCAUUUUUCCAAAUUCUGGCACAUCUUUAGGACCUUUACGACGGCAACCUGGGCCAAUUUAUAGAAGUCAAGCACCAAGUGGAGCAUCGGUAAGUUAUUGUUAUUUUAAUAUUACAUUUUGAGGCAUAAAACUAUUAUCUUAAAAAUAUUUUCAAGUAUAGAAAUGUUUGUUUGAUAUUGACCAGAAAGUUUUUGAUCCGGUUUAUGUUUUCCAUUGCUGUUGCAUCCAUUUAUUUAACGUUUUUCAUAUUAUAUUUUAGUCGAGUGUGCGGCUGAUUCCGGGACAAAACGCCCCGACCGGUCGAAAGAUGCUAGUCGCAGGGAAUCAUUUCGUCCGAGUAGUAACACCACAAGAUACGGAUCGUCAACGACAACUAUCAAGUGUACCACGAAAUCGGUUUCAACUAGGAAAUGGAUAUGUAAAUGAGGAGAUAGUGUACACUUCGCCCGGGCCACAAGAAAGAAGUAUAAAGAGGACGCUAGCUGACCCAUCACCGGUCAAUAGUAAAGCCCCAAAGCUGGAAGCGGCCGAGAGCUAA